ACUGUCACUACCACUGUCAUUGUAAAAUUUUAUCAGUCGACUAUAAAAUUUGUUGUUAUUUGAUUAUAAUAAUAAUUUAAUGCGGUUAUUUACUUGGUCCAAUGAAUAAAUAAAAACACUAUCUUAGCUGCAUAGCUGCAGCUGGACACAAUUAAAACUGCGAGUGAGCAAACAGUUUGCAGUGGAAAAAGUUUAAUUGGAAAUUGAAAGUUUUCGGAGGUGAAAGUGUGUGCGGAAAAUUGAUUGUUUAGAAGUGAAAAAUAAUUUGCAUACGUUCCAUAGCAGCUAUAUUAUAAAGAAUUAUUAUAAACCAGUAUAACUUGGUUUCCUACUAAUAUCUGUUUAUUUAACUAAAGAGUUAUAUAUUCACACAAUGAAUGGCGAAUUUGCAAAGUCUCUAUAACACAAAAGAUUUAGUCAAAUGUACUUUGUAACACCCAAGUUACAGGUGAUUGUACAUAUUAAUUUUCCAGGUGUGAACUUCUUCAUAUAAUAUUUCUGCUUACCUAAUAAAUCAAUUAUUUGCAAGGCUAUUACAAGUAGGAGGCAAAUUUAUGACGUAGACUUCAUAAAUAUAUGUAUAUAUAUGUUUGUAUGUGUAUGUAUAUAGCUUUCAUCUCAACCUUUUUUAUAUAAUAAUCAGCUAAAGCAUGUUCCAUACUGCACCACUAUUUGCGGUUUGUAUGUGGAUAUUAACAUUUUUUGAUUUGUUAGAAGGCAUUAAAUCUAACUGCGCCACAUCACAUACCGGUGAUUACAUUUCGUGUCUGUUCCAUCAACUCUGUUCCACAUAGUGUCUAUAGAUUUCGUAUACCAUGACAUUUUUUUUUUUGGAAAUACAGCUUUUGCUCUUCCAUAUUCUACGCUUUCAUCGGUUGAUGUACACAAACAUUUAUUAUUUUUGGUUGAGUACUUAACCAUUAACGUCAACUUUUAUUUUUGUUAUUUACAUACAUGCAUAUAUAUGUAUAUUUUUACUGUUAUUUUCCGGUGCAAAUUUGCCAUCGAUUUAAUACAAAUAAUAGCAACUUCCAAAGUUCCAAAAUAACGGAGGCAAAAGGUGACGAAACCGUGAGAUACCUGAAAAUAUGCGCUUCAAUAAGACUGGUUUAGCGACAUUAGCCACAAACCCAGCUAUAAAAUUUGAAAAAGAAGGACUUUUGAUAAUAACAGAACGCCAAGAGGGUUUUUUUCGUCGUGCAGAUGGAGUAAGACCAAAUACCAUACAUAAACGAAUACCUUUACACAAAACCAUGUUAUAUCUUUUGUAACAAAUGUAAAGAUAGUAAAUUACCCGCGUUGGUGUAAAUUACGAGGUAAUUUGUUAUUUUACCUAAAGGAUCACGAUCCCCAGUCGCCACCAGCUGGUUUACUCGUGCUUGAAAACUGUCGGCCAUUAAUACGAAAUGAAGAGCGCGAAUUUGAUGGUUUCGCAUUCAUUUUAGAAUUCGAAGGCAGUCAACCGCAACGCAUCUCAACACGUACGGCCAAAGAGCGCUUGGAGUGGGUGAAGUGCAUUCAGUUAGCCUCCUAUGCCUAUUUAGAUCGGCAAAUUAAAUAUUUACAAGAUCAAAUUACUAUUAAAAUGGGCAAUCGCAUCGAGAGUGGUCUGUCACCGGCGGGCACAUUUACAUCAGCCAGCGACGCAUUGCUUUUGAAUACGGCAACCAAUAGUGGAGGCGCAGCUGCACUAACAGCGCCAACAACAAAAAGUUCAACACCAAUCAAAGUGGAAGAAGACCUCAGCGAAAUACCAAUUUGUGAGUCUGCCUUAUCCUGUGAUAGUUUGCCGUGUGGCGAUCACGGACGACUGCCGAAUACACGCGUCGUCUGUUCAUUACUUUCGCUUGGUAAUACAAUGUUAUGGCGUGAUUUUGCGCGUACCGAAAUCGUCGAACGCUCUGCGAAUCCGCAAUUCUUGUGCACUAUGCGAUUUAAACGAAGUGAUGGCUUCUCAGCAGAUACACUGUUGCGUUUUACAGUAUAUGAUGUACGCGAACGCUUGUCACACACCGCUGUCCCACUUGCCUACGCUGAAGUGGCUUUAGGUGUCAUACAAGAUGCUACUCGCUUCCGUAUUCCACUGCGUGCAUUGGACAGUGAGGGUGGCUUUAUAACGAUCGCCUCCUGGGCUCCAGAGACAGAUCGACAAUCGCCACCACGUUCCACUACGCAGGUGUUUGAAGAGCACACUAAAGGCCAUCGACGUUCACAAUCUCUGCCACCCAAAUUGGGUGUAAAACUAUUUGUACCUUUUCAAGGUCUUCUGCAAGUAGUCUUCGCAAAUCCUUUGAUUCACACAUAUCGUUUACACUCAGGUAUGGGAGGCGACAUCAGUGUCCACGAGGCUCUGCUCGAAAGCAAAUACAGCUUUACAAUACCUCAGCAAUUACUCACUAUAUGGAUAUUGCGUGAAAAGGAAUUGUUACAAGAAAUCUCAGGUAUGGGCGAAUUGGGUGGCGAAUGGCGAAGACGGCAGAUGGAUUUACUUGAUAAACAUCUAAAAUUGCUGAAAGAUUAUUCUCAGGCGAAACAAAAUCUACAACAGAUUACCAAGGAGGAAGGUCCGUACUUCAAACGUUCUUCCGUAAAGACUGAUGAAUCGCUUGAAUUUAUACCAGUCAAUUUGCAUUUGCAACGAAUGUGGGCACAAAAUGACACCUUGAAUCGAUCUGGUGUUCUGGACAUUAUAACGGUUGGUGCAUUUACGCGCCACGCUGCCAAAGGACGUACUGGAGGCCUUAUAAAGUUGUUACAAGAAACCAAAGAUUCACCGUCGAAAUUCGAACAGGGCAAUGCAUGCAAAGUGCAAGCCGCCAACGAUGCCGUACAGGCUAUAAAGCAGUUGCGUAAAGAGAUCGUUGAAAUAAUGUCACAACUACUAUUACUUGCUAAGAGUAAAAACCCGAAAGGUAUGAUGCCUUUAUGCAAUGAGAUGAUUACAAAAACGAAAACAUUACUGAACAUAUGGGAACCAAGCUUGGUAGAGGAGGCUUUUGCAUUUGUGGAACAGCACCGCAUCAUUGAGGAGCCAGACAACGUAUUAAUGCCCAUGUCACCGUUUCGAAAGAUCACUCAACAACUCUGCGCUCUCGACUUGAAAUCUCCUGAACUGGAAGAUUUUGCGACACCUAUUGUCGCUCCACCAGACCUCUGGCCUCGCACUAAGACGCCCACAAGUUUCGCCGGCUGUGCUGGUCGCCCAUUAGUUCGUUCCAACAGCCUUUGUCUACGGCCGUCACCCUCGACGAUGGACAUAAAUGCCAUACAUGCACUACAUCGCACCGUAAAAAGUUAUAACGAACAAUUACGCAAUCGGGCGGCAGUCAAAAACGCUGCAGCUGGUGCUGACAACGAAUCAGUAGCGGAAGCUACAUUCCAAUCUUUACCCGUACAUUUGAAUGACACGACAACCGAUAUUGCUUUUACUGAAGGCCAUUUUAGCAAUGCAGAUGGCUUAAAUGCGAACAUCGGUAAUGAUAUUUCAACGCUUCAAUUAAUUGAUCUAGAUGACGUCGAUAUGGGGCAGUUAAAUAACGGAAGUCACAUUCCCUCUUCGCUUGCAUCUGUGUCAAGCAAUUUCAAUACACAAUUUGCAACGCACAUAUAUUCUGAGUUGGAUGUAGAUUACAAUGCUACCGCACUGCAACAUGGCAGUUUUCUCGAUACAAAAAUUAUGAGUUCUUCUCCCUCGGCUAAUUACUAUCGACCCACAGAGGAGCCCGAGCCACUCGAUUUAACACAAUUAAACAUUGAGGCUAGUGUAAUGUGUCUAGUGAGUAAAAUUAAGUUUCUCUGUGGACGUUGCGGUAGUCCAGCAAUACGCCUGCGACAUCCAAAGCCUAACAUGAAACGAACAGGCUUUCAGCACUCCCCCGCACCGCCAGAUCUGGUAGCUAGUCAAAAUAAGAUAGCAGAAAUCGAAGAUAGUGGCAUGGUUUCAGAAGCUGCUAAUGAGCAAGCGUUGGUUACCAAUGGUAAUGGGCUGAAUUUGGACCUCACACAAAAUGUUGAAGCGCUGGAGCAAAGCAAAGAAGAAGUUCAACCAUCUGUGACCAAUAUAGAAGGUAUCGUGCCACCUAAAAAAGGCAACAAAUUCACGGAUGGCCUUGACUUGUCGCUUACCACAGAUUGGGCUUCCGAGUUGCGGCCCUCGAUGAGAAAAUUACGCCACGCCAUGGAUGGUUUGCUGAAAACAGCGCGUCUAAUGCAUUCUGUGCAACGUCUACAGCAGGAUAUGAAACGCAACAGCAUAAAUUUAGAAAUCAUGUAUCGGCGUGAUGUGAGCUUUUCACAAGCGUUGACAGCUCUCAUCGCUGCACUAAUGGGCAAACUAUGGGGCACUGAGAUAACCGAAAACUUUAUAAAGAUACUCAGGGAUUUAGGACCACUAGCAUACUUCGAAGGUUUGCUUUCGUUGUACGGCAACGAAACGGAUAUGUGGGGCGAUAUGUGUAUCGCUAUUGAGGAUCUUUCUGCAGUGAAUUUUACGCUAACGCGAAGUAAUACACAAUGCGAUGCGCACGCGCCGAUGCCUAUGCCACGUGUCACCGGUUCGAGGCAAUCACUUAAUGUUUUGCUGCCCGUACCAGAGCAUGUGUACGCUGUUAUGCCAACGCAAGAGACCAUCACCUUCAAACUAACACCGGUAUUCUUCAAUAUCGGCAUCAACGAAAAAGCAACAUUAGCCGAAACAUUGGGCCAAACACGUGAGCAACAUCGUUCGAAUUGGGACAAUUUUGUGCGUCUGAAACAGUAUUAUAGUCGUUAUCGUAAAUUGCAACUCGUUACGCCAGAUACACCUAGCAAGCAUGAACCCCAUCCCCCGGCAACGCAAGCACUCACUAACAUACUCAAUUUUAUGGAGGAUCAGCUACGUUCAAAUGUAUCAAAGAAUGUAAAAAUUUUGCAUUUAGCCGAAGAUGCGUGUCGCCUUAUGUCGGGCUUACGUUUUACCUCAUGUAAAAGUGCCAAAGACCGUACGGGCAUGUCGGUGACGCUGGAACAGUGUCGAGUGCUUGUACAAGAAUUUAAUUUGCCAGCUAAGAGUGUACCCUAUGUGCUAAGCACUAUGCGCAGCGAUGGAACACGUAUGGAUAAUGUCUUUAAAAAUAUUGAUAAGCGCAAAUAUGCGUUCAAUUUGCCACAGGUUUUUUCAUUACCAGCAAUGUAUCGACCACCUGCUGGUUCCUACGGCAAGGCAGAGACCUAAAACCGUAAAUAACAUUUUAAGUACUUCAGCAAACAAAAGGUAGCAUUAAAGCCACUAAAAUAGGCAGCAAAUUGUAAUAUCAGCAUAUAUUAAAAUUCACAUAUUUAAACAAGAGCCUUUAUUAACCUCAUAUGUUGGAAUUUGAGAGACGUGAUAAAAAUUGAUGAAACGAAAUUGAGCCUCAAAUGAAACGAUAAACUUAAUUGUUAAAUUACUAUGAUAAAAAUUCACAUACAUACGCACAUUUAUCAAUAUAUUUUAUUUUUAAGCUAAGUGAAAUUAAGUUGAAUUGUAUGAAAGCAUCUUGAGUAUAUCAAUUAACUAUUGAGGCUAGUACUUACUUACAAAAUUUAUUGCUGCUGGAAUAGAUUUUAUAAGACUAAAGUCUGUAAAAAUUCCUUUUACUAUAUGAACUUUUAUUAAUACGCAAGCAACGAAUGUCCAAAUAAUAAGCCUACUCUGGGUACCACUGAUUUCAAGUGUACGCUCUUAUGCGUUAACAUGAGCUGAAUGAUCAUAAUGCUUAUAAAAAUUGUUAUCCUAAAAUCAAUUAUAAAUGCAAAUUUGUUUAACGGUUACAUCAACUUUAACUGAAAACCUUACUAUUGGUUUGAAUUCUUCUGAAAGAAAAAAUAUUGGUUUAAAAAGGAAAAUUUACAAAAGAAAAUUGUUUAUUAUUUAGUUAGCCUCUUUUCAGUGAAAUUUAUUAAGUUAAAAAAGCCACUUUUACAUUUAAGAAUUUCAAUAAUGCCUAUUGCUAGCUGUACUUAAUUUUAUUUCUCCGCUCAUGAUACAUAAAUUUAGUGAAAUGUGCUAAAUAAUUAUGUGAAAUUUAAAAUAUUUUGUUUUGAGUCUACUCUAGUUUUUAGACUUUGUAAAGUAAAUUUGUUAUGAAAAAAUUUUAAGCUAUAUACAUAUUUGGGCAAACCCUUAUUGUGCCAAUUAAAUCAUUUUUUUAUACAAUUGUUUUUAACACAAUUCAAUGAAUAUGCGCUUUUAACACUCAUAUAGAAAGGAAGAAUUUAUUACAAACAACAAUUGUGCCAAAUAUUUAUUAUCGAGUAUGUAAUAUGCAUUCUCUCUUUUUUAACAUUAGUAAUAGUGAUGAAAACGCUUAAGUUACGAAACUCUAAAAAAUGUAUGUUGCGAUAAUCGGUUUUUGUCAAAUUUCUAUUAAUAUUAAUUGUAUAUUUUAAGAAGUUUAUUUGUUUAAAAUUUAAUGCAAACGUUAAAAAUUCAUAAAUAUUUAUUAAUAAAAAUGACAUAAAAGAUAAUAAAUUGUGCCGCAUGCUAUAGGGAAAACGGUUGUAUGAGAUAUAACGGUGUGUUUACAUGCACUUAGUUUUUAGGUAAAACAAAAUAUCACUAAAUUGAUUGAAUAAUUUGUAUUUAUAAUGACCACACAAUAAAAAUUCACUGGUGACAUUUAA